AUGUCUUUACCGAACAGAAGGAGCUCUAUUGUGACGUAUGUCGUGCUUGUGUUGCUGGAGUGUUACUGGGAAGCGGUGUGCGGGCAGCUCUCCUAUUCCGUCUCAGAGGAGGUAAACCCAGGGACUUCUGUGGGAAAUAUCGCUAAGGAUCUAAACCUCAAUGUCCAGGAUUUGGAGUCGCGUAUGUUUCAGAUUGUCACCGGGUCCAAGAGAAAGUAUUUCGAGGUAAAUCUAAAGACUGGUGUUCUCUAUGUGAAUGAGAGAAUAGACAGAGAGGAGCUCUGUGUGAAGGCUCCGAAAUUAGAAGGAAAUAUUGACUUCGAGAAAGACAAUGCUUUUGAGCUCCGUAUACAAGCUCAUGACGGGGCACAACCCCCCAUGACAUCUCACUCUAAAUUAUUGAUAGAGGUUAUGGACAUGAAUGACAAUGCCCCUGAGAUCACUGUGACGUCACUCUUAGACACAGUGAAUGAGGACAGUAAGGUGGGCACCGCCAUCGCUCUCGUGUCGGUCCUCGAUAUAGAUGAUGGCAAAAAUGGAAUUGUGGAUUGUGAUAUUGUGAAUAAAGUCCCAUUUAAACUGGAGACAAACUAUAAAAACUAUUAUUCGUUAGUGGUCGACGGGCCUCUUGACAGAGAGAGCGCUUCUCAAUACAAUGUCACCAUCACAGCUACGGAUGAAGGGACCCCGCCUCUCUCCAGCACCAGCGUUAUUACAGUACACGUUUCUGAUGUAAAUGACAACGCACCUCACUUCUCAGAACCAGUGAUUAAUGUUUAUGUGAAAGAGAACAGUCCGGUAGGAGAUGUCAUUAAAACUGUGUCUGCACUUGAUUCUGACAUCAAUGAAAAUGGCCAAGUGACCUACUCAUUCUUAGAGAGUAACAGCAAAUCAGCACCGCUGUCUACAAUGGCUAAUAUAAACCCGGAUACUGGAGAUAUAAUCAGUUUGCAGUCUUUUAACUAUGAGGAGAUCAAAACUUUCCAGUUUAAAGUUCAGGCCACAGACUCUGGUGUUCCUCCACUCAGCAGCAACGUGAGUGUGCACGUUUUUAUCCUGGAUGAGAAUGACAACAGUCCUGGGAUUCUCGCGCCCUAUUCUGAGCGCGGCUCAACACUUAACACUGAGAACGUUCCAUAUUCUGCUGAAGCGGGCUACUUUGUGGCCAAGAUCAGGGCUGUAGACGCCGACUCUGGCUACAAUGCGCUGCUUUCUUAUCACAUCUCUGAGCCCAAGGGAACCAACCUCUUCCGAAUCGGAACCAGCACCGGGGAACUAAGGACUAAGAGGAGAAUGAGUGACAAUGACCUGAAAACUCACCCGUUGGUCGUGUUGGUUUCUGAUAACGGAGAACCCUCACUGUCAGCGACUGUGUCUAUUGAUGUAGUGGUGGUUGAAAGUACAGGUGAAAUCCAGACUCAAUUCAGAAAUGUGCCGAGAAAGGAGGAGAACUUCUCUGAUUUAAACCUGUAUUUGUUGAUCGCCAUUGCCUCGGUGUCAGUGAUAUUUUUACUGAGCCUCAUCAGUUUAAUAGCUGUAAAAUGCCACAGGACAGACGACAGUUUCAGAAGGUACAGCGCCCCAGUGAUCACCACACACCCUGACGGAAGCUGGUCUUACUCUAAAUCUACUCAGCAGUAUGACGUGUGUUUCAGCUCAGACACACUGAAGAGUGACGUAGUGGUUUUCCCUGCUCCGUAUCCACCUGCAGAUGCAGAACUGAUCAGUAUUAAUGGAAAUGACACGUUUAACAGGACUCAGACAUUACCCCACAAAGAGGAGAUAUGA